AUGGCUGACCGCGAUGGGAAUGCAGCUGACAUGCCCUCUUUAAUGGGUAAUCUGCAGCUUACGGAUAAUGAUAUGGUUGUCGAUGACUACGACCAGUACGGCAAUGACCGUUCUGAUGUCGUCGUCGUCUCUCCACCUGGCUCCGCCAGUGAGCCCGAACCGGAGCCUCUGGCUACCGACUUUAUCGGUAUCCCCGUUUCUGUAUUAUGGUUCCUUAUCGAUUGCGAUGCCCCGCCUGACAUUGCUCUCACCUCUGGUCCACCGCCGCCCAUUAUCCACCGUCCACCGCCGGCUGCCAGCUACGCCCUAUCUACCAUAAUAGAUUAUAUGAUGUGGUGUGUUGAGGCGAUGAUGGCAAAGGUGCUUCCUGAGAAUCCGGAUUUGGAAACAGAAGCGCAGACGUAUCAUACAUGGAACAUCGAGAACUGGACAAAGUUGCGGCGGAAGGAGCACGGUCCGGUUUUUGAAUGCGGAGGAGCUCCAUGGUGGGUUUUCCUGAUACUUCCAGGUCCCAGCCCGUUAUGCAAUCGUUCGCAAAGUGAAAGCUUGCCCUCUAACCCCGAAAUAUAUAGGCGCGUCCUGUUUUUCCCAUUCGGGAACGGUGUCGAACAUGCGUCCUUCUACCUCGAACACGGCUUCGAGAAGUCACCUCCGGAUGGUUGGUAUGCUUGUGUACAAUUUGCUUUGGUUCUCUGGAAUAAAAAUGACCCUUCGCUAUAUAUCACCCAUGUUACGAUUCGAAGAAAGAAACUGGGAUGGUCAAAUUCCGCGUGGACCCUUCAGCGACUAUUUUACCAUCUGCAAACUAGCGAUCUUCCAGUGUCGACAGCCGAACUCACGUCCUCCUUUGGCUGGGAAUCGAGACAUACUUUUGAACAACAGGAUGUCCAAGAACUUUCCAGGUUAUUAAUGGACAAACUCGAAGGACAGAUGAAAGGCACUCCUGCCGAAAAAGCACUUCCCUCUCUUUUCGUUGGAAAGACAAAGACAUAUAUAUCCUGCAUUCACGUUGACUACGAGUCGUCCAGGAUAGAGGACUUUUGGGAUAUCCAACUGAACGUUCGAGGGAAUCGGACGCUGGAUGACAGUUUCAAAGAUUACAUCCAGGUGGAAACCUUAGAGGGAGAGAACAAGUAUGAUGCUGGGGAACCAUACAAACUACAGGAGGCGAAAAAGGGCGUGAUAUUUGAGAGUUUCCCUCCUGUUCUUCACCUUCAUCUCAAACGAUUCGAAUAUGACAUCAACCGAGACGCUAUGAUGAAAAUCAACGACAGACUCGAGUUUCCAGAAGAGUUUGACGCGGCACCGUAUCUUUCCGAGGAUGCAGAUAAAUCAGAACCUUGGAUCUAUCAAUUACACGGCGUUCUUGUGCAUAGCGGUGACUUCAAUGCUGGGCACUAUUAUGCAUAUCUGCGACCAACUAAGGACAGUUUAUUCUAUAGAUUUGACGACGACAAGGUUAUUCGCGCAACCAUGAAGGAAACUCUGGAGGAAAAUUUUGGUGGGGAAUAUCCCAACCUCGCAAACGGAACAGCCGGGGUUAGACAACCAUACAUGCGAGGCUUCUCCACGAAACGAUCAAUGAACGCAUACAUGCUGGUUUAUAUCAGGAAAUCUCGCGUGGAUGAUGUACUUGUUAGUUUGAAGAAAGAUGACAUUCCUGCACACCUCGAAAAGCGUCUCAAUGAGGAACGUGCUGAGUUAGCGCGGAAGAAAAAGGAGCGGGAGGAACAACAUCUUUAUAUGAACGUUGGAUUGUUAACCGAUGAGUCCUUCAAGUCUCAUCACGGAUUUGAUUUGACCAGCUUAGAUUUGGAACCUGACAAUCCCGCAGCUGCGAAAAUACACCGCGUCCUUAGGGCUAAGAAAGUUGGCGAGUUUGCGGCCGAGAUCGCGGAAGAAAAGGGAUUGACACCAGAUCAAGUGAGGCUAUGGGUGAUGGUGAAUCGUCAAAAUAAAACAACACGUCCUGAUCAGCCCCUGAAAGAUCUCGAAAUGUCUGUUGAGGAGGCGUUUACUCGGUUUGGUACCAAGGGAAAUCAGUUCCGGCUAUUUGUCGAGGUAGGAGAAACAGGUACGGAUGGGAAAGUAACCUGGCCAGAAACCUCAGGCAAUAACGCGACGAGCCUCGUUUUCCUGAAACACUUUGAUGUUCUCCAGCAAACUCUCACUGGAGUAGGUCAUGCUUUUGUUCGAAAGCACUCUAAAGUAUCAGAACUGGCCGGGCCAAUACUGGAGAUUAUGAAUUGGCCUGCAGGAACCCCAUUCAUAUUAUAUGAGGAAAUCAAACACUCCAUGAUUGAGCCAAUGAAAUCUAAACAGACGUUCCAACAGUCGGAAAUACAAGAUGGGGAUAUCAUCUGCUUCCAACGCCAAGUCAACGAUUCUGAACUCCCUCCUACUGUCCUUUAUACAGAUGCGAGGCAAUACUACGAUUACCUCCUCAACCGUAUCUCAGUCAAAUUUGCUCCCCUAAAGCCAGAUGAUAGCGAAACUUUCGAUCUGACACUCAGCCGCAAGAUGACAUACGAGCAAUGGACAACGAAAGUUGGUGAACAUUUGAAUGUCGAUCCGACUCAUAUACGAUUUGCACCUGUACUCCAGAAUAGUGGAAAACCUAAGCCGUUCAUCAAACGGAAUGCGACCCAAAAUCUCCAGCAGAUUCUCACCAGCCAGUAUUCCGCUUACGGGUAUGCUGCGCAUCGACCAGACGCCCUUUAUUACGAAAUUUUGGAAACCAGUUUAAGCGAAUAUGAAACGAAGAAGAUAAUAAAGGUCACUUGGCUUCCGGAUGGCAUUUCCAAAGAGGAUCUACUGCUACAGCAACCAUUUGACGUUCUUGUUUCUAAGAGCGGCAAUAUUGGUGAUCUACUAUUAAGCUUCCGGAAGAGGGCUAACCUCGAUGAAGAGACGUCCAAAAAUCUGCGUUGUUAUGAGGUCUAUGGCGGAAAAGUUUACAAAGAGAUCCCCGAAAACUAUAGCAUUCUCAGCCUCUCGGACUAUGUUACUCUCUAUAUCGAGCGGAUACCACAGGAGGAACUUGACAUGCAAGAAGGUGAAUUCAAAAUUGAUUGCUUCAAUUUUGAUAAGGAGCCCAAUAAGCCACAUGGAGUUCCUUUUAGAUUUGUUGUGAAACCGGGCGAGAUCUUCAAGGAGACCAAGGAACGGCUCUCGAAACGAACAGGAAUUCGAGGCAAGCAGUUUGAGAAAAUCAAGUUUGCCAUGGCUUUACGUCAAGGGUUCUGUACCCCAAGAUACAUUGAAGAUGAUGACGUUCUCGCCGAUUUAGCCACCGAGCCACAAGAUGUGCUCGGACUGGAUCAUGUAAAUAAGAACAGAAGCUUCUGGAGAAGCGAAAGUUUCUUUAUUCGAUAGAUGCAUAAUUGAAGAGGCCAGGCGUUUUAAUGUUCUUUCAUAUCCUUUCAUAUCCUUCUCUUUCUUACGGUCUAUGGCGGUUUAACUUGAUCAUCAAUGGUAUUCGUUUUAUUUUUAUUUUUAUUUUUAUCUUUAUCUCUAUCUCUAUACUUCUUCAUCUUGUCUUUCCUUCCAUAUCUCGACAUUGUUUUUCCUUUUCUGCUUCGUUGCGAUACGGAACUAGUCAACUACCAAUUUUUGUUACUUUUCUUUUUUCUUUCUUUUCUCUUUUCUCUUUCAAACAAAAACAGAGAAGCUGCUGGAUUGCAUUUUGCCAGCAUCCUAAUUUAAACAAAGGUUUACCUUCUUACCUCCCACACGGAGUUAAAAAUACAUGUACAGAUAUUUAGGAAGUUGGCAAUGGAGGAUAGGGGAGCAAAUGGGUUAUAUAUCG